CCCAUCCCCAUCCCCUUCCCCUUCCCCUUCCCCUUCCCCUUCCCCUCUAAGUGCAGAUACAAAGCCCGCCUCACGCCCACCAAACCCACCACCCAGCCCUCCGGCACCCACACGCGCGUAUUCCCACCCGGCCUGAGCUUCCGCGAUCGACGAAGGUUAGUAGUAGUCAGCCUACGCCGAGAAGGAGUUCUGACACUUCUUACCUUACUAUCACUUCUAUCACUUUACCUUGCUAUCACUUCUAUCACUUUACCUUAUCUUACCUUGCUAUUACUGUUGUUGUUGUGGAGGAAGGGCUGCGGAUAUAUAUCUCUGCGCUUCUAUUGUCUGCGAUUCUACUGUUGGGGGAAAGGACAGUACUGGGAGUUACUGAGGCCUUUUGUGCGAGGGUUGUGUGUGAUAGGAGGGUGUAUAUAGGGUGGAGGUUUUGUGUAUACGAACCGCGACAACGAGGAACGGACUGGACUGGACUGGACUGAGGUGUUGAAGACGACGACGAAGGAAAGAAGGGAAGGAGGUUGUUGAUUUGAUCACCCCGACUACGACGACGACAGGAAGAAGAGAAGGAGGUUGUUGAUUUGAUCACCCCGACUACGACGACGACAGGAAGAAGAGAAGGAGGAGGGUAUUUUUGACUACCCCCACGACGAAGGAACUGCAGACGGACCACGACGACGAUAGAGCCGCUCUACUCCCCCGACACUGCGCGGCCUAACGAGAAUCACUCACUCCCUCAUCUGAGCUCCUCGCUCACCUCCUCACCCUCACCUCCUCCUCACCAUAACUCACCACCCCACGCCCUCACCAUGGAACCCCCCCAACCCUUCACCGCCCGCCGCCCCGCCGCCUCCUCCCUCCCAACCUUCCAACUCCCCCCCCCGACCCCAAAUACCCCCCCUACACCUCCACCGCCCCAAACACGCAACACUCCAUCCUCACCCCCCCGUCUCCGCCGCCGACGCCGUCGCAGCCGCCGGUAACGGUCUCCCCCCCUACGGUCAGCAAAUGGGGUAUUGGCCACCCGUCGCUGGUGCCGUGCCGUUUUACGCUUUUAGCAAUCCGGCGGCGGGGCAGGGGCAAGGUGGAGGUCAAGGGCAGGCGCAGAGUCCGGGACAGCAGCAGCAGCAGCAGCAGCAGAAUCAACAGCCGCCGAUUUAUAAUAGGGCGUUGUAUGCACCGCCGUCGAAUUAUCCACCGAGACCGCAGAGUUCGGAUGAGUCGAUACCGUCGCACCACCAGCAACAAUACAGCAUGUCGCUCCCCUACCCCUCCACCUCCUCUUCUUCGGAUCAGCAGCAGCCCGUCCAACAGCAGCCACCACAACAACAACAUGAUGCCUACGGCCCCCGCCCGCCGCCGACACCAACCUACACCUUCCCCCCCACAACCGCGCAUUCCUUCCCAUCAUAUACGCAGCCAUCGCCUCCCCCCGCUCGGCUGUCACCUACCACCACCACCGGCGCAGGAGCAGGACCCUACCGCCCCUUCCCUUACGCCCUCCCCACCCUCUCCGGCGCCGUAAUGUCCAACGUCCACUCCCCCGGCUCGCAACUCUCUCUCCUCUCCGCCACCACCCAACCCGGCCACGCAAUCGUGCAGCACCAGCAGCACCACAGUAUGCAAGGUAGCUACCCUCUCUAUCCCUCGCACGGGGUCCCGCACGGGGUGGCGCAUGGGGGAUUACAGUAUGGUGUUGGAGUUGGGGGGGUUGGGGGGGGGAUGCAGUUGGGGCUGGAUAGGCCGUUUAAGUGUGAUCAGUGCCCGCAGAGCUUUAAUCGGAAUCAUGAUCUGAAGAGGCAUAAGAGGAUUCAUUUGGCGGUUAAGCCGUAUCCGUGUGGGGAGUGUGAGAAGAGUUUUUCGAGGAAGGAUGCGCUGAAGCGACACGUCCUAGUGAAAGGCUGCGGCAAACCCUCCCGCCCAACCUCAACUUCCCACCACCAAUCCUCAUCCAUCUCCACCCAACAACGCCGCUACAACAACGUAGACGUCAAAACCGAAGGACCGCUCAGCUCUGACGCCGAGAGUCCUGGUGGAGGGAGGGGUAGCGAUGAAUGAACCACCCUUCUUUCCCUCGAGAUAACUGCGGCCGUGAGGACGCGGCGGGUUGGAUGGGUAGUGGGGAGACCUAAUGGAGCGUAUGAACGGAUGGGGAGAGGGGGGCGAUGUACUGGUAUUGGCGUUUUGAUACCCCGAGUUGGAUGGGGGUGUGGGAUGGGUCUGAUGUGAUCUGAUGUGAUCCGAGCCGGUCCAUCCAUCCAUUCGAUUCGAUUCAGCAGCAGCACUCCAGUUCACCCACCGCCUACUUUCACCCUAGCAUCCUGCAUCCUCCAGCCCAGACUCGACCAUCACCACCAUCAAUCCACCACAGCCUUUUAAAAAACACGCACAUCGAUACCCGCCUCGCCCCUCCAGUUCCGACCAAUCAAUAUGAUUACGGAGCAUCAAACCCCCCUGAAGUCUCCGCGAGGCAUCAAAAGGUGGGGGGGGGGUUGUACCUCCGUAAUUAUAUUGAUGAGGUCUGCUGACUUGGGG